CUCUCCCCAGAUGGAAUCAGCAAAUUCUGUUGUGUGUGUGUGUUUUUAGGGUCGUUCAAUAGAAGAAAAAGAAAUUCCCUCUACGUAACUGUGACUCUCCUCAUUGUGUCAGUAUUAAUUCUAACGGUGGGCCUAGCUGCUACAACAAGAACCCAAAAUGUGACUGUUGGAGGUUAUUACCCAGGGGUUAUUCUUGGUUUUGGGUCCUUCCUUGGAAUAAUCGGAUCAAACUUGAUAGAAAACAAAAGACAAAUGCUGGUUGCAUCGAUCGUCUUCAUCAGCUUUGGUGUCAUCGCUGCAUUCUGCUGUGCCAUAGUAGACGGUGUCUUUGCUGCCAGACACAUAGAUCUGAGGCCGCUGUACGCAGGGCGAUGUCAGUACUACUCCAAGAGUGCGACCCCACCAGAGGCGGUCUGUCACCCACAGCGCCGUGCCCCCUGCACACCGAAAAUAAAAACCAACACCUGCUUCUGCUGUGACCUGUACAACUGUGGGAAGACUGUACAUCUGGAUCUGAGGCCGCUGUACGCAGGGCGAUGUCAGUACUACUCCAAGAGUGCGACCCCACCAGAGGCGGUCUGUCACCCACAGCGCCGUGCCCCCUGCACACCGAAAAUAAAAACCAACACCUGCUUCUGCUGUGACCUGUACAACUGUGGGAAAGUAGAGAUUUCUGGAGGGUACUAUGAAUACAUUGAUGUCAGCAGCUGCCAGGACAUCAUCCACCUUUACCACUUGCUCUGGUCAGCAACAAUUCUGAACAUAGUUGGGCUGUUCCUAGGGAUCAUUACAGCUGCAAUACUUGGAGGCUUUAAAGACAUGACUCCUUCCCUCCCUACGCUGAACUGCACUGUUGAAAAUGCACACCCUUCAGUGACCUACUACUCCAGGCCACAAGUGACAUCUUACAACUCCUACUACCACAGCACUCCUCACCUGCCUCCCUACUCUGCUUAUGACUUUCAGCAUUCCAGCGUGUUUCCAGCCUCCACUCCUUCUGGCCUCUCCGAGGACCCCCAGUCCCUGUCACCAUCUCCCAGCUAUAUGUGGGCCUCUAAUGCACCACCUCGUUACUCACCACCCUAUUUCCCACCUUUUGAAAAGCCACCACCUUACACACCAUAAAGAAUGCAGGAAAGAAGAAAAAAAUAUUUGCCAUUGAAAUAAGUGUGAACAUUUUGUAUUUAUAUUUUACUGUGAGAGGGAGCAGGAGAAUACAGAAGAUAGUUGCAAAUAAAAAUAUUAGAUUGGACUGUCCUUUUUUGCGAGACUUGUUUCAGAAGUUUAACAAUGGCCUGUGACAAAAGGGACAGACUUCUGAUGUUUUAAUAGGAAGUGAGUAGCAGGUGACCUAAAUUUCAGCCUCUUUGGUUCAUGUAGUCCUUGAUUUUUAAUCAAGUCAUUCAACACAGAUGACAGAUUCUGGUCUGCCUUACUCCAUCUUUGCCAAGCUGAAGUAAGGGUAGCCAAGAUCAAUAGUUGCUAGAGAUUAUCAAUCUGUUUGAGGUGAGGGUGCUUGCAGACAGCACGACUCAACACUGGUUUUGUUUGGCCUUUGAGCUCCAGUUGCUGGGAUUUUGGGUGGGGGAACACAGGACCUAGCUCACAUCACUUGUUGGCCCAAUAUACUGAAAAAAUCUUUGGGGGAAUUGCGACAGUGCCUCAAAAUGUGACCCUAUUGAAAACUAUAACAUCGUAGGAUAGCUUCAGUAUGUGCAGGAAAAUAAUCAGAAUAUUACUGUCGGGGGGCGGGGGCAAGAUGUUUUUAUUUCAGGUUGCUUCUUGAAAUAAAAGAUGAAUUGGAGUUGUCUCUCUCUGAAUUCUGUGUAAGUAAUGCUGAAGUCAAACAUUUUGGGUGGUUGCACUGCCUAAAUUGUCCUUGUAUUCCUAUUAAAAACAUCAGGAACUGCCUACAAAUCACUGAAACAGUGCAGUGAAAAUGUUAUUUAUUUAUUUAUUUGUUUGUUUACCUUUUCUGUGGUUGGGAAUUUCUUUUUAAGCUUGUACUUUUAACUUUUUUAAUUGACUGAAUCAGCACCCUGAAUAAGCACUGGUUUAGUAGUUGUAUUAUGGGCUGCACGUAAGGAAUAUCCACUACUAGUUUUCCAAGAUAUAAGUCUCACAUGGAUGAAAUUCAACACCCUGUAAUAUAGGAGGAAACUGAGGAAUUUGCAAUUACUGUUGUGACUUUCAUUUAAUCUUCAGCUGAUAACUGUGCUGAUUGAUCUCAAUUCCAGCAGAUUUUGCAUGCAUCCUGCAUAACAAAAGGUCAGCUUUGAUAUGUGACACACAGACCUCUAAAGUGUGGUUCUACUCCAGGAAGUGAUUUCAGAUGACAGUGUUCACAUCUGAGCUGCUCAACCUGACCAUUCUCAAUUGCUUACUUCAGGGAUAAAAACAACAUUAACAUCUUACUCAUUAUUUCCUAAAGUUAUAAUUUCCUUGGCAUUGGUUUGUUGACCCUAAUCCUCAGUUGCCUUCCUUUACUUGCAACUGAUGCAGACAAAAGGUACGUAAAAGUUAAAUCUGGCCUUCAGCAUCAAAAUGGAAUACACACUGGUGAGUUGGGGGAAAAUCCAGUGUGAUUUUAAACAGUGGCACCUACGUUUAAUCUAUAAAAAAAAAAUUAAAAUGCUGUCAACAUGCAAAACAAACACUGAAGUCGCUGAUCUCACUUUUCAAAGUACACCCACACUUUAUGAUGCUCUUUUUAAUCCUAUGCAUUUGCAAAGCCUUUAGGCUAGACUGUGUAUUAACUUUAUCAUUUCCAUUAUCAAAUACUAAUCACUGUAUUAGUUCAUUAAAGGAUGACACUUUAUCCAGAAGUGAGCGUGACUUUUCUCCAGUAAGAAGGGAAAAUAAACAGCUGAAGAAAGGAAUGCAGCUCACAGGAUUUAAAGCAGUAGUGUAUGUAGAACAUAUCCUGAUGGCAUUUUGUUUUACUAUAGAAUGUUGAAGUGCAGCUCCUAUAAAUUUGUGUACUGGAAAUAAAUUUAUAUACUGGGGCAUCCUUCAUUCUAUAUUACAUUUUAUUUAAUUAAAUCUUGAUAAAGAGACCAUGGGCAAUUUCAAAACAGACAGUACUUUUCUUGAUAAAACUCCCCACAAAACUAGAAUCAGAAGGGCACAUUAAUUUAGUAUCAGAGAACCUUUUAUUGCUUUAUCUUUGAAAUAAAAGCUAACAGUCCUGUCCUACUUCUGACAAACACUGUACCAUUUGUGCCUGUCAACUAAAUAGGGCUAGAAGGACUAGGGGACACCACAGGACAGGACUGAACUUCCUGAAGAGAAAAUAACUUAGUGACAGAGAAACAAUUAGGAGAUGAAGUGUGUCAUUGGUUUUGCGUUGAAAAAUACUAACCUAAGAAAAUUAAUGAAAUUAUCCUUUUUUUUCCCUAAAGAAUAUUUUAGCAAAAAUUACAUUGCUGCUUUAAAUUCACUAUCAAAGGACAUUUCACAUUUAAAAACUCACUGGUGGUAUUUUCUGUUGAAUUACCUGUUUUGUUCUGCUUGAGUAAAACUAAGCAUUUAAUGUAACUGCAACAUUCUGCACUGUAUUUGUCAUUUCUUAUGAGAAUGUCAAGUUUGUGACUCAUAUGUACCCUUUUAUUACUUUGCCAAAGUUAAAUAAAAUUGUGUGACUUUUUGUAAACAUUUACCAAUUCUACUUUACAUUUUAGCAACCUGUUUUACAA